AUGCCUGAGAAGCCAAAGAACCAGUUUAUUGUCGAUUUCUUGAUGGGUGGUGUGUCGGCUGCAGUGUCCAAGACAGCAGCUGCACCUAUUGAGCGUGUCAAGUUGCUUAUUCAAAACCAAGAUGAAAUGAUCAAGCAAGGUCGAUUGGCAUCACCUUACAAGGGUAUUGUGGAUUGCUUUAGCCGUACUGCCAAGGACGAAGGUGUGAUUUCCCUAUGGCGUGGCAACACUGCCAAUGUCAUCCGUUACUUUCCCACCCAGGCUUUGAACUUUGCUUUCAAGGACAAGUUCAAGCGUAUGUUUAACAAGGACAAGAAUAAGGAUGGCUAUUGGGCUUGGUUUGCAGGCAACUUGGCGUCAGGUGGUGCUGCUGGUGCCGCUAGUUUGUUCUUUGUGUAUUCACUUGACUAUGCCCGUACGCGUCUUGCCAAUGAUGCAAAGUCUGCUGCCAAGGGUGGUGAACGCCAAUUCAGUGGUCUUCUCGACGUGUAUCGCAAGACACUAAAGUCGGAUGGCAUUGCUGGUCUUUAUCGUGGUUUCAAUGUAUCCUGCGUGGGUAUCAUUGUGUAUCGUGGUCUAUACUUUGGCAUGUACGAUUCCCUUAAGCCUGCUAUGCCUCAAAAUCUCCAAAACAGCUUCUUGGCUACCUUUUUGCUCGGCUGGGCCGUGACGACAGGUGCAGGUCUUGCUUCGUAUCCUAUCGAUACGGUGCGUAGACGUAUGAUGAUGACGUCUGGUACCGCUGUCAAGUAUUCGUCUUCCAUGGCUGCAUUCUCUGAGAUCGUCAAGAAUGAAGGUGCUCGAUCGCUCUUCAAGGGUGCUGGUGCCAAUAUCUUGCGUGCCAUUGCUGGUGCUGGUGUCUUGUCUGGUUACGAUAAGUUGCAAGUGCUUCUCUUUGGUAAAAAGUUCUAA